GGAGUUUAGUAAAGAAAGACUGAGUUUAUAACUUCUGUUUGAUGCUCAGAGAGAGUUGCAAGAAAAAUAUAAAAGUGCAGUGAACUCAAUUAAUUUAGAGAGACAGAAAUAAAAUAGGAUCAAAUAUUUCUCCGUCUCUGUUUAGGUUAUGUUGUGAUGGUGUUUUUGUGUCCUCGUCCUCUCUUAACAUUUUUGUUAUUGUACUAGUUCCACUUUCCCUAGUGUUUUGUCCACAAUGGAUUACAAUAAUAUAAUAAGGGACCCAAACGAAAAAACCCCGCAAUCAUCAGUGUUCCGUUUCGAUUCCUACCCUGGCCAAACAAAUCCGUAUCCUUUCUAUGAGCACAAUCCGUCUAUGCACUUGCAAAACACUACCCCAAUGUUUUCCAGUUUUAUACCAGAACAACAAAUUCCCUCGCCCAUAGCCCCACCAGUACCAACUUCGUUUUCGUUUGGUUACCCAAAUAGUCCCAUGAUGGGACACUUCCCACAUUAUACUGCACCCAAUGAUUUUUCCAGCCUCAAACCUAACAAAUUUAAUUUGGGCAAACGGAAAACAAACUCACCACCUUUACAACUCUACAAUAAGCAACACAUUACAGAAGAAAAAAUGGCAGAGUACAUGUCCAAGCUACACAUCAACUCCGAAACGGUACCAUCAGUUCUGGAACCAGAAUCUCUUAAAAACAAAAGGCUAUACAUGUGCGAGGAAAUGCGCAAAUUGCAACCAGAACCCUUACUACCAACUUCGCUGCUUUCCAAAAUGCAACAACCCUGUACAGCUCUGGUUUUGUGGAAACCACCAAGCAAGGUACUGCCAGCUUUGUUGGACAAUAGUAAAAACACCAAAGGAAAAGAUACAGAAGAAGAUGAUGAUCCACCUUUGGAUAUGGAUAGUGAAUUUAUUGCAACAAUGGAUAUGGACUCGUAAUGGUUUAAAUUUUUAGGUGUUUUUGUGCUUUAUGGUUUUGUGUUAAGACUGAUUAGAUUUUUUUUGUACUACUGUUUAAAACUUUUGUGACAAAAAUGUUAAUAGAAUUAUUGCUUUUGUAUUAUUGAAUUAUUAUAUUAUUUUAACUUUGAUUGAGUUGCAUUUUUGAUAGAAUAAGGGCUUCCCAGAGAAUACCUACCUAAUUGUUCAAAUUUGAGGAUUUUUCAGGUCAUUUCAUAUAUAAUUUAUUUUAAUGAUCUUGUGCAAAGAAUUCUAACAAUAUACCUCUACUAGUAAUAAUGUAAAAGGAUUAUAAUUAUUCAUAGCAACUAUCUCACAACAAUCUCAGCAAAUCAUAGUAUUUAUCUACUUAUAAAUAUAUGUAUUGAUUUUGAAAGUUUCUGGAUUUCUAAGGAAAGAUUUAGAGAUAAUUCCUAGGACUUGCAAAUUGUAUCAUUUUCCUUUGAGAAAACUCUUAUGGACAUUUCAAUCCUCUGAAUUCUGCAAAUCUUGAAAACUUAUUACAUAAUUUUAAUGAAUUUUGAACUAUAAAUGAAUCACUUAUUUGCAAUUUUCCUGUUAAAUUUCUCUCAAUAUCCUACAUCUUUAAGCAAAUAAAGUACUUAAAAAUCUGUCAGAACAAUUUAAAAAUUACUGAAAAACUUCUAAAAUGCUCCAGAACUCUUCAACCAAGUUAGAACACUUUAGAACUUCAAUAAAACCAUUUGAAACGUUCCAAAACACUUUCCAGCAGCAUUAUGAAAGGCUUCAGAACAAUUUAAAAACUUCAGAAUUAUUUCAGAGAGCCUAGGGCUCUUGAUUUGAAGUUUCAUCGUUUUAGUAAGAAGGUACCUACAUUUUAGAUUUUGGAAAACUUUGGAAGGUCAUAACUUUUUUACUAUUAUAGAUUUUAUAUAAUAGAUUUCAGCUCAUUUGCACUUAUAGUUCCUGAGAUAAAAUCGUGUUAAACAAUUUGGGGUGAUUUAUCAAUUUUUCAAUUUUU